GGAAGCAAAUAUAUUUUGUAUUAUUUUAGGUGUGCCUGGAAUGAACGGCAUUUUAUUAUUCAUGGCAAAUAAUCAUUGAAAGUGUACUAUGUUGACAAAGUGAGAACUAUGCUUACGAACAAUAAUUAACGCCCCUCGGUUUGAAUGAUCAACGGGAGCUUUCAGCUGGCGGAAGCGGGGAGCCUUUUAGUGAAGGAACCGUGCCGGUCUUGGGACGUGGAGGCGGAUUGUGUUCAUCAGAUUGUGUAGUGGUGAAAACUCGAAGACAUUGAAAUACGUUGACUUCAACAGUAAUGCAUGAUGUCAACAACCAGUCAAAAAAGACCAUUUUCUGAAGAAGAAGAAGAAGAAGAAAAAGAAGACUCAUUUCUGGAUUUAGCUUCUGAUCCUGAUUCUGAGGAAGAAUGGGUGCCAAAAACUACAGUAGCAAAAAAGUCCAAAAAAGUUAUUGCAGGGAAAACAGUGACUGCAAGAAAGAAAAUAAAGUCCGAACAAGAAAGUACUGCAACCAAAAAGGCAACAGUGAAAAAAUCUACCAGCAAAACAGCCGUUAAAACGACCAGAAAGAAAACAAGGGAGAAACCUCAUGUGGACCAGAAUAUUAUGGAAAAAUUUCCAAUUGUGAACAGUAAUGAAGAUGUAUUGCCUUCACAAAGUAAACAGGACUUAGGAAACCUAAAACAAAAGGGAGAUGCUCAACAAAUUCCAAUACAAGUAAAGAAAGAAAUUGAACACUGCCAUGUUAAAGUUGAACAGCCGUCUACUAGCACGCAUUUGAAUGAAAUCAAGGAAGAAGAUAUAAGUUUUACAUGGGAUGAGCCUGUUUUAAAGAAGCAGAAGACUGAGAAGAACCCUGAAGGGAAACCCGUAAAAUUCCAACGAGGAAGUGUAGAGAUUGGGGAGCUGCAAAUGAACUGGAAUAUAAUCCAGGUUCUGUCUGAACGGACCAAUACAGAGGCUUGGGCUUGUGCAAACCUCAUUCAACUCUUCAAAGAAGAAAACACCAUUCCAUUUAUUGCUCGUUAUCGAAAGGAACUUACCAAUAACAUGGAUGCUGAUACUCUACGAGAAGUUCAACAAACAUUUGAAGAACUGAUGCUUGUCAUUAAGAAAGCUCACUCAGCUAUACAGAAAAUAGCAAAACAAGAUAAACUUACACCUUCCAUAAAAACGACAUUGUUGAACUGCAGGACAGUUGAAGAAAUCGAACAUGUGUUUGCUCCUUAUAAAAGUGGAAGCACAAAGACUAAGGCUCAGAAGGCCCGUCAACUUGGCCUAGAACCUGCAGCAAAUCUAUUGAUUGAAUGUCCGGGAAGAUUUAACCUAAGUAAUUAUAUAAAAUCAAAUGUAGAAGGCCUUUCAAGUAUGACAGAAAUAGCGACAGGAAUACAACACAUUUUAGCGGAUAUGAUGUCUAAAGACAGGGAUACAUUGGACCAUAUCCGGAGACUGUGUGAACCAAAUACUGUUUUUAUUCAGUCAACUUUGACUAAAGCAACUGCAAAAGAGAAAGAUGGAAACAAAAAAGAUACUGAGAAGUUCCGUCUGUAUCACAACUUCAGCAGUAGUAUUGGAAAUAUACAUCAUCACCAGAUUCUGGCCAUUAACCGAGGGGAAAAAUUGAAGAUUCUGACAGUGAAGGUCAAUGUUCCUGACAGAGUUAAAAUUAUGUUCUGUGGAUGGUGCAUCAAUGAAAGAUGGAGACCUCACGGUUUUGCAAAGCCUGAAUUGAUGAAGCUCUUGAAGGAUUCUGCUGAAGAUUCAUAUAAGCGACUCAUUUAUCCACUUCUAUGCAGAGAGUUCCGGUCCCUUUUGACUUCAAAUGCUGAGAAAGAAUCAAUUGCAAUGUUUGGGAGAAACCUUCGACAGCUUCUUUUGAUUAAUCCUGUUCGUGGCCGGGUUCUGAUGGGAAUUGAUCCUGGCUUUAGGCACGGCUGUAAGCUAUCAAUCAUUUCUGCCACCAGCCAGAUCCUUCAUACUGAUGUAUUAUACAUAUUUGGUCAAGGAGCACAGAAUGCAGCUGAAAAGUUAAAGCAUCUACUUCAUAAAUACAGUUGUUCAACCAUAGUUAUUGGAAAUGGAACUGCCUGCCGGGAAACAGAGUCUUUCUUUGCUGACUUAAUUAACCGGAAGUAUUUUGCUCCUCUAGAUGUUUUCUAUUGUAUUACCAAUGAAGCUGGUGCCUCCAUAUAUAGUGUUAGCCCAGAGGCUGCAAAAGAGAUGCCCAAUCUGGAUCCAAAUCUCAGAAGUGCAGUAUCCAUAGCAAGACGUGUUCAGGAUCCAUUGGCUGAGUUAGUAAAAAUUGAGCCAAAACACAUAGGAGUUGGAAUGUAUCAGCACGAUGUGUCCCAAACUUUGCUUAAAGCUACCUUGGACAGUGUGGUUGAAGAAUGUGUCAGUUUUGUGGGAGUGGAUAUCAACAUCACCUCAGAAACCCUUAUGAGGCAUGUUGCAGGACUCAAUGCCAGUAAAGCAAAAAGUAUAAUUGAGUGGCGAGAGAAGAAUGGACCAUUCAUCAAUCGAGAACAGCUGAAAAAUGUCAAAGGCUUGGGCCCAAAAACCUUUCAACAAUGUGCUGGUUUCAUCCGAAUUAAUCCAGAAAACAUAAAGAACUUUACCAACAGUAAUCAGCAGCGGUUUGAUGGCACUGCAGAACGUCAAGCAGUAACAGUUGGUAAAUCUAUCAAAAAGAAGGGGAAAACAGAGUGCUCCUCUGCACAGCCAAAUCCAUUAGAUCAGACGUGUAUCCACCCUGAAUCAUAUAACACAGCAAUGAGCUUCUUGUCCUUCAUUGGUGGGAACUUAUCUGACAUUGGAAGCCAUGCUAUGCAGAGCGGUGUGAACACAGCAUUGAAAAGCAAUUCAAUCGAUACUUUAGCUCAACAAUUUGAUACAACAGUGCCAACACUCCAGAUGAUUAUUGAUGGAUUGAAACAGCCUCGUGACUAUGACAUCAGAGCAGGAUUUGAUCAACAUGAUUUUAAAAGAAACAUUGUCUCCAUUGAUGACUUGAAAAAUGGAACUGUUCUGACUGGAAGAGUGGAAAAUGCUACUCUUUUUGGGGUCUUUGUGGACAUUGGUGUCGGUAGAUCUGGUCUGAUCCCUAUUCGCUACAUUACAGCAGCUAAGUUACCUGCAUCUAAAAGACGUCGAAGCCUAGGCCUUGGCCCCGGGGAAAGGGUAGAAGUUAAAGUAAUGGAGGUUGACCGUGAACGAAACCGUAUCUCUUUGGAUCUUAUACGUGUUUUGUAAAAAAAAAAGGGAAGACUUUGAUCAACUUCUUAGAUGUGUCUUUUUCUCACAACUUUCAUGGCAGCAUCUGAAAUUCAAAAUUGUUCCCUUUUGAUGUGGGAUGUAUUGCAUAUUUUAUACUAUAUUUCACAUUGUAUCAUCACCUCACUGAGUGUGUUUAUUUUUCUUACACUUUGCAGAAUUUCAGAAGCAGAAUGUACCCUUUGCUUUUGGCAACUGAAGAGGAAUUAGUCAUAGUAAAGUGUCAGCCCGCACACUGCCUAUUUGCCAGUUAUAGAAUAGGGAUGGCAAAAGACACCUUUACGAGAAUGAAGAAUAUACUGACCAACACUAAACUAGGCAUGACAACCCGCCUCAGAGUACUGAAAUGUUACAUUUUUCCAGUUAUGUUAUAUGGCUUAGGAUGUUGGGCAAUAUCUAGUAACAUGAAACGAAUUGAAGCAGCAGAGAUGUGCUUUUUGAGGAGGAUGCAAAGAAUAUUAUGGACGAAACGAAUAUCUAACGAGGAUGUCAUGAAUAGAGCAAGCACAAAAAGAGAAAUAAUGUACAGUGGCAUGCAAAAGUUUGGGCACCCCGGUCAAAAUUUCUGUUACUGUGAAUAUCUAAGCGAGUGUAGCCCCCCCUUGGCCACCCUCAGGGUCGCUCGGCUCGCUGUCGUCUAGGGAAACAGCCCUCAGCCCCGCCAAACUGGGUAAUUUGUUUGUGUGGAUGCUGUGUGAUGUACCCCACCCCGCCCAAAUAACAGACAAUACACCAGAUACGAUUAAACGAUUUACAGUUUAUAGAUAUUACUGGAACUAUAUAAUUAAGAGAGAAUAAAAUGUAAAAGGAAAAUAAAAGGCGCCACACUUAUCAAAGUUCAAUCUCUUUGUGCACAAAACAGUUGGAGCUCAAGGACCACUUUCUUCACCCUGCGACCCCUCGGACCACCUCGACCGGCCACCUGGGACCAACAACGGUGGUUGACCAGACGCUCCACACGAGUCCGUCUCCGUCUCCUCUCCUCGCCGAACGCCCUCCUCGGGGUCCGACCCCGUUAGCGGACAUCACAGCACCUCGUUCAUCCUCUGUCUUGCUCUCCCGCCUUCUGCCCCAAAACCCCGCGCAUACAGUAUCUUCAAAUAAACCAAAAACGUAACAACUAUCCCAAUUGGUUAAUAACAUAUUUCUUAUCACACUCUAUACCAAAACAAGCUGCUAGCGCAAACUUUCUCAGCGUUUAACACAACAAAGCCGCAUUCCCCAGAUUAACAUAACAAAGACGCCAUUUUAAUUAGCCUCCGCAGUAACAUAAAAGUCAAAACCCCCUUCCACGAGUAAAAGAUAAACUGAUUUCGAAAAGGCAUAAAGCUAAAGACGACACAUUUCUUUAAUAUUUUAAGCAAGAAAACUUCUUUAUUUCCAUCUUUUACAGUUUCAAAAUAACAAAAAAGGAAAAGGGUCUAAAGCAAAAAUUUGGGCACCCUGCAUGGUCAUUCAAAAUUUCCAUUCAAAAGGUUCAAAGGAACAUCUAAACAAGCCUGAUGUAUUUUGGAAGCAAGCCCUGUGGACUGAUGAAGUUAAAAUAGAACUGUUUGGCCGCAAUGAGCAAAGGUAUGUUUGGAGAAAAAAGGGUGCAGAAUUUCAUGAAAAGAGCACCUCUCCAACUGUUAAGCACGGGGGUGGAUCGAUCAUGCUUUGGGCUUGUGUUGCAGACUGUGGCACUGGGAACAUUGACUGGUAGAGGGAAGAAUGAAUUCAAUUAAAUACCAGCAAAUUCUGGAAGCAAACAUCACACCGUCUGUUUAAAAAAAAAGCCAACAGGAUAAUGAUCCUAAACAUACCUCAAAAUCCACAAUGGACUACUUCAAGAGGCACAAGCUGAAGGUCUCGGCCUGAAACGUCGACUGUACCUCUUCCUAGAGAUGCUGCCUGGCCUGCUGCGUUCACCAGCAACUUUGAUGUGUGUUGCUUAAAUUUCCAGCAUCUGCAGAAUUCCUGUUGUUUGCGUUUUUAAAGAUGGAAAUAAAACAGUUUUCUUGCUUAAAAUAUUAAAGAAAUGCGUUGUCUUUAACUUUAUGCCUUUUGGAAAUCAGUUCAUCUUUUACUCGCUUAGCUAUUCACAGUAACAGAAAUUUUGACCAGGAGUGCCCAAACUUUUGCAUGCCACUGUAUGAGAUCAUGAAAAGGCAACAUAACUUCAUUGGGCGUGUGAUUAGGAAAGAGGAGUUAGAAUGCACAGUAAUUAUGGGAAAGAUUGAAGGGAAGAAAGCAAGAAGAAGGCAAAGACAAAUGAUGAUGGAGACAGCAGCCAGAGAACUGGAAAUGAAUGCCAAUGAAUUGAUCACUUGACCUGAAACAGGAGUUUGUGGGCCAUGGCAGUCAAAGCUCAAACUGGGCACGGCACCUGAUGAUGAUGAUGAUUUGCCGGUUGGAACAAGCCUGCAGCAUCCACUGAAUUAUUUUGGGAUUUACCAAUUAGUAAGUUCCAGGAUUGAUUCUGAGCAAUUCCAAAUUGAUAGCGGUACACUCUUAAGAAAUGCAUCUAAUCUUCUGCAUGGGAAUUUUUAUUGCCAAAUUUAGAAUUUAUUUUUUUAAAGAAGUUCAAACUUAACAAAGUCAUAUCUAUGAACCUAACUUUGUGAUUUAUGAUACUUCAAAGGGAUGCUGUUGUCUAAUUUUUUUCUGAAAUUUGGUACAUUUCAAAAUCACUCAAAAUAAAUCAUCCAGAUCCUUAUUGCUUUAUUGAUGCUUGGCAAUAAAAGACUUUUAGAUGCAACCCAAUUGUUGCUGCUGCUCCAAGCUGGAUCAAGAAUCAAUUAAUUUGGCUCUGUCGAUUCAGAAUUGGCUUGCCUACAGAAGGCAGAGGGUGGUUGUGAAUGGAGCGUAUUCUUCCUGGAGUGAUCCCACAGAGAUCUGAUACGGGACCCCUGCUGUUUGUGAUUUUUAUAAGUGUCUUGGAUGAGGAAGAGGAAGUGUGGGUUAGUUGGUUUGCAGAUGAUACAAAGGUGGGUGGAGUUGUAGAUGGUGCAGAAGGUAGCUGUAGGUUAUAACGGGACAUUGACAGGAUGCAGGAUGCAGAGACAGGUUGAGAAAUGGCAGAUGCAAUUCAACCCAGAGAAGUGUGAGGUGAUUUCCUUUGCAAGGUCAAAUUUGAAGGCAGAAUAUAGGGCUAAUGGCAGGAUUUUUAGCAGUCUGGAGGAACAGAGAACUUUUGGUAUGUACAUGCAUUGAUCCAUCAGAGUUGCCAUGCAAAUGAUAGGGUGGUUAAUGAUGUUUGAUGUGCUGGUCUUCAUUAAUCAGGGGAUAGAGUUCAAGAACACUGAGAUAAUGCUCCAGCUCUAUAAAAACCUGGUCAGACCACAUUUAUAAAUUUGUGCUCAGUUCUGGUUGGCUCAUUAUAGGAAGGGUGUUGAUACAACACUUGGCGGCACGGGAGGUCGUUCCUACCUGUGGCCAUCGAACGUGCAGCUCCUCCUGUGGAGGGUCAGACACCCUGAGCCAGUUGACUGGUCCGGGACUUAUUUUCCAUCUGGCAUAGUUUUGCAUUUUGUUGUUUGAUUGUUGGGGUUUUUUGUAUUGCUAUAUUUACGCUCUAUUCUUGGUUGGUGCAGCUGUAACGAAACCAAAUUUCCCUCAGGAUUAAUAAACUAUAUAUCUAUCUAUCUAUCUAUCUAUAUAGGAGCGAUGUAGAGACAGAGUAGAGGGGAUUUACUUGGAUGCAACUUGGUUUAGAGAGCAUGUAUUAUUAAGAUAAGUUGAGCAAACUAGGGCUUUUCUCUUUGGAGCAAAGGAAGAUAAUAGGUGACUUGAUAGAGGAGUACAAGAUGAUAAGUGGGGCAUAUUUCAAGUGGAUAGCCAGAGAAUUUAUUCCCAGAGCGGAGUUGGUAAAUACAAAGAGCAUAAUUUUAAGGUGAUUGAAGGAAAGUAUAUGGGGAAUGUGAAAGGUACGUUUUUUCACACAGAGUGUGAUGAAUGUGUGGAGGUGCUUUACUAGGGGUGGUGUAGAGACAGACACAUUAGGGGCUUUUUUAGAUAGGCAUAUGGAUGAUGGUAAAAUGGAGGGGUAUGUAAGAUGGAAGGAGUGAUUUUAGAGUAGGUUAAAAGGUCAGCACAAAAUUGCUGGCUGAAGGGCCUGUACUGUUCUGUGGUGUUCUGUGUGCUAAAUGCAAACUGAACUGUUUCAAGAAACAGUAUUCUCCUGAAUAUCUUGGAUUGGUUUGUUAUGCACAUCACAAUUAUUUUGACGUAACCAAAAUCAGUUCCAUGACUCCAGGUGUAAUGUUUGCUUAUUCACGGGCUUUUCAGAUUCAAGAUGUUUCCCAGUUUAUUGACAACUGUGUGCAAGUUUUUGUAGCUCUAGCAGUUUUUUUUCUUUCUUCACACUCAAUGGAUGAGAUAUGUAAUUGGUAGAUGUUCAGUGCUUUACAGAUUCAUGGAGUCAUUCUUUCAAACUUAAGUUUAUUUCAUGAAAAAAACUUGCCCAGCUAUGAUUUGAAUCACAUUUUACAUUUCUUUGCAUCAUAUCAAUUUAGAGCAAGAGAUUUUUAUCUUAUUAAACACGUCUGAUUGUAAAAUUAUAACUUAUUUCAGCGCCUAAGCAUCACCUACAUCACGUUCAGUUAUAGAUUAAAUACAUAGCAAAGAUUUCUUGAAAAUUUUUAGUUAAAAUUGUGUCCAUAAUUUUCAUUAUGUGCCCUAUUUCUAAUGGGAAGUAGUUACAAGGAAGUUUAUCUUCUUUCUUUGCUGUACUGAAAAAGAAAUAUAACUUUAGUACUCAGAGUCAGCAUUCUGAUCAUUUUCUAAGGUAAACACGUUUCAAUACAAUAACUGCCAAAAUAGUUUUUUAGAAUCUAAAUCUUUGAUUUAUAUGAAAUUUUUAUCAUUUGAUUUAUUUGAAAUCUAAUUUCAUUUAGAUCUUAGUUAUUCUAAAAUCAAUGAAUAACACACCUUAUAAAAAAAAAACAAGUUUAUCCACAAGGUAGUACCUGGAGUAAAAUAUUGCUGCAGGAUUUAACUGUUAAGGAUGAAUACUUUUAAAUACAGAUGAACUCCAAACCAUAACUUUGUUUAUUUGUUUGUGGGGAAAGUAAAAAUACUUCUGGACCACCAUUGUAGAAUUAAUAGAUCAGUGAUCCAUUCCAGCAAUUUUGUCGGCUUUAAUCCAAAAUAUCAUACUGCCAGAACACAUAUGAAACAGGCUUAUAGGAAUGUAGACCUUUAUUGAAAGAGGAUCUAAGUGCAAGAAUAAAGAUUCCUUAUGACAAUUAUAUAGGAUUGUGAUGAGAGAACAACUAAAUUAUGAUGAACAACUUUGGUCUCCUUAUUUGAAAGAAGCAUGCAUUUGCUGUAAGACAGAGGUUCGUUACAAGUGUGAAUGUAGUGGCAAGAAAAGAUUCACUAAAAUAGUUCCUGUGAUGCUGUGUUUGUCCCUUAAGGAGAGAUUGAGUAGAUUAUGAAUAGAAGAAAUAACACUAAAUUUAUUGACACAUACAAAAUUCCUGAUUGGUUCAACAUGGUAAAUACAAGGAGGAUAUUAUAGACAAGGAGUCCAGAACUAGGGAUUAUAAUAAAUACAAAGAAAUAUAUUAUUUUAUAAAGUUGUGAACUUAUAAAUUCUUUGGAGGGUUGUGAAAGCUCAGCCAUUGAUUGCAUUCAAAAUCAAAAUUAACAUAGAUUUUGGAUAUUAAAGAAAUAUGGAAUGGGGCAGUAAAUAGUGUUGAAGUAGAAGACUUAUCACAAUCUCGUUGAAUAGCAGAGCAGGUUGCGGGGGCAAAUACACAGUUCCUGACCCUAUUUUUUAUGUUUGUGUGUUCUUAUUUUUGUAAUGAUUGAUUUCUCAGGUCAUUUGUUGUUCCCAGUACCUUGUCUUGAAAAGUUUUAUCCUUUACAUGCAAAAGCAAUGCCUCU